AUGGAUCGCAGAGCAGCGUUGGAGGCCAAGCGCGCCAAGUUGGAGGAAUUGCGACGACAGCGGCUAGAGCGCGAGCCGGUGGGGUUGGGACAUGUGGAGCAAGUGGAGCAGGUGGAGCAAAAGAAACCCGUUGUUCCGGAACAGUCUGUUGUCCCUGUGGUUCCUGUGGUUCCUGUUCCCACUGUUGUUCCUGUUCCCCCCGUUCCCCCCGUUCUGCUAGACAAAUCCACCGCCACCGACGAGCUGGACGAGCUUGCACUCCGAAACAAGCUGGAAAGAGAAAUCUCACACAGACUCGAGCUCGAGAUCACCCAGAAGCUCAGAAAAGAGUACGAGCUCAAGGCGUCGCUCCAGGCAUCGCUCCAGAUCUCCAAACCAGACCUCACCCACAUUCUCGGGUCCGACAUCCCGCCCCAGAACGAGAACAUCAACAGCGUGUACGCGGUGGCCAAACAGGAGCCGGAAAUAGCAAACAGCUUUGUUUCCUCACAAACAAUCUUAUCGCAUCCCGAAACAAAGGAAAUGGCCGUCACGUCGAUCGACUGGUCUCCACACUAUCCAGAACUGGUUGCUGUCUCGUACGUGUGUCCCAACAAGGCGUGUGUGAUUCUGGUCUGGAACACUCUCACCUCGGUUCCUGAAUUCUCCUUACAAACAUACACAGACAUCAACAUUGUCAAGUUUAUCAAGUCGCAGUCCAACCAGCUUGCCGCAGGCGGAAACGACGGCAGACUCUAUCUGUACACGUUUGACUCAGCAACCAAGUAUCCCGUCACGUCGACGACGACCUCGGCAAAAUACCCAAUUGUCUCGAUUUUGGAGACGUCCAACUCGAUCGUGAGCGUUUCUGCGGACGGCGUGGUGCUCGUGCACUCCAAAUCGCUCGUGAACCUUGUUUCGCAGUCGAUGCUUGCCCUGCCGGGCAAGUUUCUCAUCACAGCAAGCGCCAUCAAACAGAACCAUCUGCUGGUUGGACUCUCGUCUGGAAAAGUGUACAAGUUUGAGCUGGGCUCGUUGAACGACGCGUCAAACAUCCAGCUGCUGUUUGAGACAGGAGCCCCGUUGCCCGUGGUCUGCAUCGACUUCAACUCCAAACUCACAGCUGCGUCCGCUCUAGAUUACCAGGUGAAAAUCAGAGAAAACGACGAAACGACACAAAUCAGCACGCCGAUCGUCAUAUCCGACCUGAGUAUCGACCGCGAGUCGCAUACGUUCAUCACAGCAAGUCCCAACGGCACCCUUGCGUACUGGGACCUGGCCGCAAACAAACACUCCUCCCUGGGAACCAUGAAUCUGGGAGUCGUUCUCAACCGCGUGCAAUGGAAUAAUAACGGCAAAUGUUUUGCAUGUGGAUCUACUAACGGAAACCUAUAUCUGGAAACCUUAUGA